UUACUACUAUAGUACUAUACCUAUUACUACAGUGAGUUGUACUCUCUCAACAUUGAACCCCUUCUUAAUUCUUAUUUAAUAUAUAUCUUCCUCCUACUCCCUCCGUCUUCGUUUAAGAUCACGUCGAUCAUAAUAAAACUAAACAUGAUUUAUCGUUUGUACUAUGUACAAUGUACACGUAUUACGCGACAGUGAGCAAAUCGUAAACAAUGACAAUAGAUCGAAUGCUAGACCAAAACGACCGCGAAGAGGUCUUCGUGCACCCCUAGUCCCAACUAAUCGUACACCAUCGGUAUUCGGUCCAAGGCCGUCUGGCAACUGUAAAUCACUCCCCCAAGUGUGCGCUGAGUAGUCCCGCGAUUUCUCGUUUGGUCGAAAAUCCAAUUUCUAGCGUUUCUCUGUUCCUCAGUAAUUAGACGAGCAGACAAGUAGAUCAUAAUAAACCGCCAUAUAUCGUCUUAAAAACGCUUUACACAUAAUCAAUCGACGUGUGCACGAUGGCAACGUUAGAAACAACAGUUAUGAAGUUGUUACAUGGUGAAGCUUUGGACGAAAACUACGAGUUGUGUGACUUUACGUUGGCUGAUCAAAAUGAAGCUUGUGUGGCUAAAGGUGUAACACCCAUUGGGCCUUCUGACUAUGUACCAGUUACAAAAAGUACAGUUACAUAUAUUGUACUAGUAGUACUGGUGAACAGUGAUGAUGAAGUGCUCAUGAUGCAAGAAGCAAAAAGUACUUGUGCUGGUCAAUGGUACCUACCUGCUGGUCGUGUUGAACCUGGGGAAAAUUUACAAGAUGCCGUUAAAAGAGAAUGCUUAGAAGAAACAGGAUUAGAAAUGGAACUUGUUACUUUAUUGUCCGUGGAAGCUGCAUCUAAAGCAUGGUUUCGAUUUAUUUUCACUGGAAAUGUUACUGGCGGUUGUUUAAAAACACCAGCUCAAGCUGAUAGUGAAUCUCUACAAGCUAAAUGGAUUAAAAAUAUUUCUGAAGUUACUCUUCGUUCCAAUGAUAUUAUACCAUUGAUUGAAUGUGGUCGAGCUUUUCAUAAUGUAGCUAAAAAAAACAAGAUUCGGAAAGAUUGGCACCAUAACCUUUUGCCUGUUAUUAAACCUCAUAAAAAACUUUUAUUACGUCUUCUUAUCUGUGCUAGACAAAAAACCAGUGCUAAAUUAUAUGUGCUUAUGUCAGAAAAAACCCAAGCCCAUUUUCCAAUGUGUGAAAUAAACCACAAUCGGAAUUUGCAUUCAACAUUACGCAAGUUUAUGACUGAAAUAUUUGGUGCUGAUGUAGCUCUGCAUAAACCUCAUGGAGUAUUAAGCAUUGAACAUUGCGGCCAACCAGAAGGCUCUAAUGAUGGUUUAUGUUUAUCAUUAUUGGUUACUUUCCAAAAAACAUUGGAAGACGUAUUCCCUAUUGGCAAAUAUAGUUGGACGGCUGUAUCCACAGAAUGUGCAAAAUUAAUUGCAUUGAGAACUAUACGUAACAUGACUGUUCCUCUUAAAGUUAUAUGUUAAACAGUUAAUUUAGCCA